AUAAUAAUAAAUAAUAAAUAAUAAAUAUAUGAGCACGUAGUCCAAAAAAACUUCUUUUAGAUGUGGAACUCCUCCCAACUCCUCUCCCCCCAAACACUCCACCCAAAACCUCUCUCCUUCCCACAGCAGUAAGCAGACGAGCCCAGGACGAAAAUGGCGUCGCUUACUCCGGGAAUUCUUAUAAAGCUUCUGAAGAACAUAAACUCUAAUGUAAAAGUUUGCGGAGAAUACCGGUCCAUCCUUCUGCAAGUUAUCAGCAUCGUGCCCGCCCUAACCGGCUCCGAGCUAUACCCAGACCACGGCUUCUUCAUAAAGGUGUCGGAUUCUUUGCAUUCGACGUACGUUUCUCUAUCUAAAGAUGAUAAUGAGCUCAUAUUGUCUAACAAACUACAACUCGGACAAUUCAUCUAUGUCGACAAAGUCGAGCCCAGAAUCCCUGUUCCGGUCCUUGUUGGCGUGCGGCCCGUGCCGGGUAGGAAUCCGUGUGUCGGGAACCCAAAGGAUCUAAUGCAUAUGUCUGUUCCUUCUGGUACUCUUGAGGGAGUGGAUAAUGAAAAGAGGAGUAGCAAAUCAAGUGACUCGGCUGAGGGGGAGAAGGAAAAUCCUCAAAGAAGAGUAGUUAUUAAGGAGGAGAAGGUUGUGGUUGCUUCGCGCUACAUGCAGGGAAUUUCAAGUAAUAACGCGAAAAGCGGUAUUUUUGAGUCUAAUGCUGAUGCUGAUAAAGUUAAUGGAAGGGGGGGCAGUCCCGAAGUGAACAAGAGGGCCACUCCUUUGAAGGCCAAACAAGAGCUUAGAUCUCAGGAACGGCCAAACACAACGUCGCCUAGUCAGAAUAGUUCAGUUUUGACAAAGCAAGAAGCUUCCAAGGAUGGUCAGAAAGAUGCGAAAACAACCACCAAGAGCUCAUCUGCGAAGCCUGCUUCUGCUGCGAAGCAGACAUCGCCAUCCAAGUCGAUCUCAUCCGCAUCUAGCAGUAAAAGGAGAGUUGUCGAUAACAUCCCUUGGGACUCCCUUCCGAAUAGCCUAAUCAAACCUGGCAAGGGCAUUGUGAGAAGGAAAAACCUGGCUCUUGUAGUAGCAGCUGAGGCGCAAAGAGAAGCAACUGCAGCUUCAUCCCUUGUUAAGGGACUUUGCAUAUUUGCUGAUCUCCGUAAAUCUGCGACCGAGGAGAACCCCCAUGAAUCUCUUACUAAGUUCUUCCAACUAUGUCGGCUUAUAAAUCAACCAAACAUCGUCAGUUGGAAAGAAUACGCCCCCGACAUCCCUAAACAAGUGCCAUCAGACAAGGAGAAUUCUGCCAAGAAAACUUCGACCUCCCACAAAAAAGCAGGUGCGAAUUCUUCAAAACAAUUCGAGGAACCGUGCACGAACGAAAAGAUUGAGUGGGCGCGAGGGGACGGUUCCAAGGAGAUCCAAGAAAUUUGGUCCACUCUCAGGGAGGAGUCGCGGUCGUGGUUCUUAAAUUUCUUGGAAGGCGCCUUAGAAACCGGCUUUAAGUUAGAGGCCCGAGUUAAAAAGAGUACCAAGGAUCGAUCUGGAGGGAAUUCGAAGGACUCUGACGGGCUGAUUGCAGUUACACUGUCGCAGCUCAAGACUGCCAGUAACUGGCUAGAUCAACUUCGCAGUGAAGUAGGUAAUACAGAAGAUGGAACGGUCGAGACAAUCGAUCGGUUGAAGCGAAAGGUCUAUACUUGCUUACUAGGAAAUGUCGAGUCAGCGGCAUCAGCACUCGAAAGCAGAACCGCUUGCUAGCAUUUCUCGGUACAAUGACUCGCUAAAUUAUCAAACUGCAUGAGUCUUCGGAUUGUAUUAUUUAUUGGAAGAGCCUCUGCGAUACAGCGACAGAAAGAUCUACAAAGUGAGAAAAUAUUUGGUAUCUGCUAUUACGGUUUUUUCUUUUUUUGGUUUUGUGCUGAAGGAGAAACUUUACAGGGAAGAGAUUCCGACUCCGAGAAGGUAAUUUAUUUAUUUAUUUGAUUGCUAAAAGGAAGAUGAUGCUGUGUACAUACUUCAUUCAUUCUUGUAAAUCUAUUCUUUUCGUAAUGCUUAAAACAUCUGCCAAUUUCUUUACCUACCUAUUCA